GUAAAAGCAGGACAGAGCUGAAUGUGGGCUCCAGAAGAGGAGGUGGUGCUGAGAUGGGAAAGAGUUGUUGUCUGAAACCGAAACCGAAGCUGUGUGAAGGAAAUCUAACACUUCUCUCCUGUUCGUGAAAAAAGUGCAAUAAAAUGAGAAAUACAUCCUUCAGCGAGCAGGAGUGUAUGAAGCAGCGGUUGGUGUUGGAGGACACUGAGGCGUGGCAGAAGGAGCCAGACUUCAGUGGGCUGGAGAGAGUCGCGGGAGUCGACCUGUCGUUUAUUAAAGGAGACGAACGCAACGCCUGCGCUCAGCUCGUCAUACUCAGCUACCCCGACCUCCAGGUGGUGUAUGAUGUCAGUGAGAUGGUGUGUCUCAGCGCUCCGUAUGUUUCGGGGUUUUUGGCCUUCAGAGAGGCUCCACCACUGCUGCAGCUUCUCCACACACUGCAGAGAGAGCAGCCCGAGCUAAUGCCACAGGUGGUGUUUGUGGACGGGAACGGUCUGUUUCACUACAGAGAGUUUGGUUUGGCGUGUCACCUCGGCGUGCUGUCAGACCUGCCCUGUGUGGGCGUGGCUAAGAACCUGCUCCAGGUACAAGGUGUGGUCAAGAAUGAUGAGCACAUGUCACAGAUCAGCGCUCUGAGUAAAGCAGGUGACACUUUCUCACUGGUCACUGAUUCAGGAAAAAUACUGGGACAAGCUCUGCGCAGUUCAGACCGCAGCACUAAACCUGUGUAUGUGUCAGUGGGUCAUCGGAUUAGCCUGGACACAGCCGUCCGUCUCACACACUCCUGCUGCCGCUACCGUGUUCCUGAACCCACAAGACAGGCGGAUCUGCGCUCGAGAGAAUACCUGCGAACACACUUUCCCUCGCCCAGCUAAACACACACACACACACACACACACACACACACACACAGGUGAGUGUGAAACCAUCUGUUCUGUCUGAGUUUCAUGUGUGUGGUAGAAAAGCAGCUCAGAGUGUAACAAUGCUCAUCCAUCUCACAUACACACACACACACACACGGCGAAGUCCAUUAACACUCCCCACACACUUUGCACUGCACUGAUCAGGGAGGAUUGAUGAGAUACUCACACACACCACUGUGCGGCGUGAGACAUCAUUUACCCUCAUGCACACACACAUACACAGACACACACACACACACCACGAACAUCUCUAAAGUAUGAGUCUAUCUCUCUGUACUCUAUAAACAAAUACUGUUUAACUGUAAUAAAAUAUUGAGUCUGUUAACCAUAAGCAAAAUUACACACACACACACACACAACACCAACACACACCUUGUCAUGAGUAUUUGUAGUUUUAUUGGAGAGAGAGAGAGAGAGAGAGAGAGAGAGUUGGAGAAAGAGAGAGAGAAAGUGAGAGAGAGAGAGAGAAAGAGAGAGAAAGUGAGAGAAAGUAAGAGAGAAAGUUGGAGAAAGAGAGAGAGAGAGAGAGAGAGCAAGAGAGAGAGAGAGAGAGAGGGUGUGUGAUGAUGAUUCUGUCAGUCCCGUGAGAACGCACUAACUCUGAGAUCACACAGCAGAUCAUUACCAUCACCUGGGUUUCCCUUCAUCUCUCUAUGUGUGUGUGUGUGUGUGUGUGUGUGUGUGUGUGUGUGUGUGUGUGUGUGUGUGUGUGUGUGUGUGGACUCGACUUUUGAUGAGGGAUCAAAGCGUAGCGCCGUCUCUUCUCAUUCACUCACACACUCUUCCUCUCUUGCUACACAUUUAUCCUUCAUCUGACCUUUUUAUACAGCUGAGGAGUUUUAUUACAAAAUCUCUUACUCUGACUUUCUGUGUACACACACACACACACACACACACACAGGUCACGCCCCGGGGAUAUGUCCCAAAUCACACACUUCUCUUCUGUCCACCGUGAUUUGAUUUAGCUUUGAGUGUCCAUAAAACUAAAAAAAAAAAGUUGUUUACAACAGACACAUUUUUAAAAGUUAGUGUUUGAAUUAAAAAAGCCUCCAGUACACGAAUAUGUGUCUGUGUGUGAGAGAGAGAGAGAGAGAGAGAGCGAGAGAGAGAGAGAGAGAGAGAGUCAGUCUGUCAAAACUGAACAGAAGAGACAGCAGUGUCACAUCAUAACACCGUCAUCUUACUGGGACACGACAUCACACACUCAUCUCUUCCUCUGUCUUUCUGUCUCUCGCUCUCUUUCUCUAUCUUUCUCUCUUUUUCUGUCUCUUUCUGUCUCUCUCUUUCAACCUGUCUUUUUCUGUCUCUCUCUCUUGCUCCCUGUCUUUCUUUCUUUCUUUCUUCCUUUCUGUUUUUCUAGUUUGUGUAUGCGUAUGAGUAUGUGUGUGUGCGUGUGCGUGUGUGUGUGUAAUAAAUGAAGUUCCUUUGCUAAAUCUGAAGUAUGCAUAAAAACUUUUCAGCUGAGACAACAGCAUUCACAAACACUUCUGACAGGAGUAAUCUAAUCACACCCACACACACACACACACACACACACACACACACACAGUUCAUAGCAUCCUGUUUGUAAUUUCCUCAUUGUGUAACUGACUUUAUUGCAUUUCUAAAAACACACACAAAGUGAGAGCAGGGUGACUGUCUGUCUAUCUCUCUAUCUGUCUGUCAGUGUAUUCGUCUUGUAUUCAUCAUAUCUGCCUGCCUGUCAUACUGUCUGUUUGUUCGUCUGUGGGUCUGUCCGUCCAUCGUUCUGUCUAUCUGUACAUUCAUCCGUCUGUCUGUCAGACUGCGUAUCUGUCUGUCUGUUUGUUCUCCUUUCUGUCUGUGUGUUCAUCUGUCUGUCUGAUUGUCUGUCCGUUCAUCGUUCUGUCUAUCUGUACAUUCAUCUGUCUGUCUGUCAGGCUGUGUAUCUUUUCAUCUGUCUGUCUGUUUGUUCUCCUUUCUGUCUGUGUGUUCAUCUGUCUGUCUGAUUGUCUGUCCAUUCAUCUGUCUGUGUGUGUGUUCACCUGUGUGUCGAACUGUUUGUCUGUUCAUCUGUCUGUUUGUUAUAUCAGUUUGUCAGCCUGUCUGUCUGUUUAUCUAUCCGUCUGUCUCCCGGACUGUCUCUCUGUUUGCUUUUCUGUCUGUCUGUCUGUCUGUCUGUCUGCAUAUAAAUCUGUCAAAAUCAAAAUGAAAUAUCUUUAUUGAUAGAUCUAGCUGUCUGUCUCUCAAUACAGUAGUUGUGUGUGUGUAUGUGUGUGUGUGUGUGUGUGUGUGUGUGUGUGUGUGUGUUAUCACUGUGAUGAAUAUGAUAAAAUGAUUGAGGACAGUGACAGAGCCGGAAUGAGGAGACGCCGUGCUCACUUUCUGUUUGAAGUGGCUGCCAAAUAUAUGACCAGUGGCCAGGAGCGUGUGUGUGUGUGUGUGUGUGUGUGUGUGUGUGUGUGUGUGUGUGUGUGUGUGUGUGUGUGUGUGUGUUAGACAGAAAGGGAAUUGAUGUCCCUGCAGCUGCUAUUUGAUCAUCGUCUGCUGUGCACUGUCACAAUCCGGCAUCCAGAGCAUCACUUAGUCUCUACAGGCAUUUACUUACACUGGUUAGAGAGAACACACACACACACACACACACACACACACAGGUCUAAUUAUUCAAAUCAACAGAAUUACAGCUGCUGGACAUGCAUACACUAGAAUAGAUCAAGCGGAAUAGCUUCUGAAUAAACAGUAUUUCUCAAGAUGUAAUAUGUCUACAGACACACACACACACACACACACAGGUGAUCAGCUUUACCUGUUUACCAUUCUGCAUACAGCUGCUGUCUCGGCAUGAAUGCUGAAAAUGAAACAUGUCAAAUUCCAGCGAGACAUCUUGCA